GCCCCGGAUGCUGCUGCUCUCUCCCUCUCUGCCUCGAGAGUCGUCGCGAAACUCUCCGGCUUCCCCCGUACGCCACCGCUCCUCGUCACCAACCAGCAUUAACUCCCCCACGUCCCCCGCCUCGUCUCGUCUCCACUCUCCAGACACUCCGCCCACUUCCGGCCGCGAAGCCAACAGCUUCCUUUCCUUUCUUUUCCCCAUCGCGAUCGAUCCUGCUGGCUGCUGCGGAAGGCGGGAGUGGGAGUAGGGGGAGGGAUGGAGGUGGGCCUGUCGCGUGGGGCGGUGGCGGCGAUGUCGCGCCAGCCGGGCGCCGAGGUGCUGCGCCCGGUGCUGCAGCUGGCGGACGCGCCGCGGCUGCUGCUCGCCGCGUCUCCGCCCGCGUCGCGGCGGUACCGCCUCGCGCUCUCCGACGGCGCGCACCUGCAGCUGGGCGUGCUCGCCGCGUCCCUCAACCACCUCGUCGCCGGCGGCGCCCUCCGCCGCGGUACCGUCGUCCGCGUCCUCGAGUACUUGACCGGCGUCAUCCAGAACCAGAGGGUCAUUAUUGUUAUCCAACUUGAGAUACUGCGAUCUGAGUUUGCGCUGAUCGGCAGUCCCGCAAUCUAUGAGGCCAAUCCAACUCAACAUAUCGGUGUAUCCUGCUCUGGUGGUCUUGAGAGCCAUGAGCCUUGCUUCAUGCCAGAUGCUGAGCAAGUUGUUAGCAACUCAUCGUGUUUUUCUAGUCAUGGCUUGUUGGAUUCUUUAAUUACUCCAAGCGCAGAACCUGCUGUGAAUAAUAUGCCAUUCGGAGGAUGUCUUAGUCCAAUGCAAGCACAGAGCACAGUAAAUGCCAAGAUGCAGCAGCUUUCAUUAAAUGAUCAUCAAAACCAAAGGUUUGUGGUGACCGCAACAAGUGAUGCCUCUGGCCCUUCUGGCAAUACUUAUGGAAACUCAAUACUGCAUUCAACUCCAAUGCAUAUGGAUAGAAGCCAUAUUGCUAGGAAUGAUGCUCCUCUUUGCAUAACCCCUAUUGAUGCAUUGAACCCUUACCAAGCUAGAUGGAAGAUCAAGGCUAGGGUGACCGCAAAGGCAGAUCUUAAGCGCUUCACCAACAGCAAAGGUGCUGGAAAAGUAUUCUCCUUUGAUCUCCUUGAUGCACAGGGUGGAGAAGUUCGUGCAAUAUGCUUCAAUUUGCAGGCUGAUCAGUAUUUUGACCUAAUUGAGGUUGAUAAGGUGUACCUGAUAUCCAAAGGGUUGUUGAAACCUGCACAGAAGAAGUUUAACCCUUUGAAUAAUGACUAUGAAAUAUUGGUCGAUCACACAACAUCUAUAGAAAUCUGCUGUGGUGAUGAAAGCAGCUUACCUAGGCAGCAGUACAAUUUCAGACAGAUCAGGGAGAUUGAGAACAUGGAGGUUGGUGCUUUUGUGGAUUUGGUUGGGAUCGUUACAUCAGUUGGUCCUUCUGCCAUAGUGAUGCGUAAGGAUGGCACAGAAGCCCAGAAAAGAACUCUUCAACUGAAAGACAUGUCUGGUCGGAGUGUGGACAUAAUCUUCUGGGGCAAAUUCUUUGACGCUGAAGGACAACAACUGCAGUUACUGUGUGAUUCUGAUUCAAACCCUAUACUAGCUCUGAAAGGUGGCCGCAUCAGUGAUUUCAAAGGUAGAUCUGUGGUCACAAUCAGCUCAACACAGUUAAAAGUAAACCCAGACGUGCCCGUGGCUGAAAGGCUGAAGCAGUGGUACAUGGUUGAAGGAAAGAAUGCUCCUUGUGUUUCUUUGUCUCAGGAUAUAUCAAGCCUAAGCAGGAUCUGUGUGCAGAAAACAAUUGCACAGAUCAAGGAUGAGAACCUGGGGCAAUCGGAUAAGCCUGAUUUUAUCACUGUUAGGGCUGUAAUCUCAUAUGUGGCGGUGGAUAAGUUCUGUUAUCCAGCUUGCACCUUGGAGCUUGAUGGAAAGCGAUGCAACAGAAAGGUGACUAGCAGUGGUGAUGGGACAUGGUAUUGUGAUAGAUGCAAUCAGUGCUCUGAAAAGUGUGAGUACAGGUACUUGCUUCUGUGUCAGAUCAAGGAUCACACAGGUAGUACCUACGCUACUGCGUCCCAAGAGGCUGCUGAGGAGAUAUUUGGACACACAGCGCAAGAGCUCUUCAUGAUACGAAAUGUAGAACAAGAUGACGCGAAGUUAGCUGCAAUCAUGAGGAAGAUCCUUUGGCGUGAAUGCCUAUUCAAGCUGAGAAUCAAGGCGCAAACCUAUAAUGGUGAGCUGCGUGUGAAAUGCUGCAUUGUUGGUGUUGAGAAGUUAGAUGUGCUGGGCAUAGAUCAUCAUCUCUUGGAGGAGAUCGACAACCUUUUGAAUGAUAUUACCCACCCCAUUCUGAUGGAUGAUUCGUCCUACAUCCCAGAUGUUGGCUAUGCCAAAUUGGAAGCCAGACAGACCAUGCUAAGCUCCAGCAGUGCCUGUGGCCCUCUCAAGGGUCUUGCUGAUCUUGCAGGAUAUGGGCGCUUGAACAGGAUGCCGCCUCCACUGCCAGCUUCGUCCAAGGGUUUCAUUCCCAAUGAUGGCUUGAUGGAUUGGUCCAGUCAGCCAGCAGGGAGGGGCGGUACAAGUCUGUGUUUCAGAUGCAAUCGGCCUGGGCACUGGGCUAAGGAUUGCUUUGUCCGAGCCACUUAAUGCAUCGGCUCAGGCAAUCUCAGGCAGGAAGUUUGCUUUUGCUAAAAAAAACCUAUCAGAUCAGUAGUCCUCUGAACUUUGGUUUUGCUUAUUAUCAGUAUGGCCUCCUACGUUAUCAUGUACAGUAGUUAUAUGGUCAGUGUGCCCUCGCCUCCUCGGCUAGCUUGCUUUUACCAUUCUGGAACCUUUGUUAGUAUAUAUAAGCACUUUAUGUUUAUGUUCUAGACUAUUUGAAUGUAAUGCCCUUAGUGUUAUACUCGACGGUUUAGUUCCUCGA